AUGCGGCAGCUACUAGUGGGUGAUGGCCUGGCGGGAAGGAUGUCCCUCACCUUUGACAUCUGGACCAGUGAGAACAACGUGGCCUUCAUGGGGGUGACUGCCCACUAUGUCACCAGCGAUUUCCAGCUGAAACAGGCUGUUAUAGACUUCAGGGAGCUUAAGGGCUCUCAUACGGGGGACUUGAUAGCCGAUGAGCUGGAGGAGGUUUUGUGGGAGUGGGGCUUGGAGAAGAUGUUGUUCGCCGUGACGUGUGACAACACCGAGAACAACAGCAGGGCGAUGCGUCUGCUGGCCGGUGUACCUGACGCCAGGUCGGGCUCACGGCCCAGACACCCACCACUGCUCAGUCGCUGGAGGCACUUCAGGUGCAUGGCGCACGUCGUCAACCUUGCAGUGCAAGCUGCACUGAAGGUUGACGAGGUGGCCGAGCCACUCAAGAGGCUGCGAGACGUGGCGAACUACAUCGGCUGGUCCACACUGCGCACAGAUCGUUUCUUCGAGCUCCAGAAGGGAUACGCGGCGACCCGGCCCCAGGGUCCUCCGGGUUCUCGGCGACCAUCGGGUCCGUUGCGUUUGAUCGUGGACUGCCUGACGAGAUGGGGUUCUACACUCCACAUGGUGAACAGGGGCUUCGAGCUGCGCAUGCCCAUUGCCAUGGUUUUCGACGAUUCAGAUGUACGUAUGUACAACGCGCUGAUUGAUCUGAAGGAGAAGGCACAGCUCACUCCUGGCAUCUCCCCUCUGCGCUCAUCGCUGAUCACUGCUGCUCUGAGCAAGCUGGAGCGGCACAUGGGGGGUGUGAGCGAGGAGGCAGCGAUAGCCACUUUCUUGGACCCGCGCCAGAAGCUCGCACCCUUCAAGCACCGAGCCAGGGCAGCAGAGGGGAAUUCGAGAGGGGCAACACUGGAGCUAGGACCUGAUAGGGUGAAGGCCCUGGUACGGGCGCGCCUUCCAGAGUACCAGGCAGCCAGCACCACGGCGCUGGGAGAUGGUGGGGAGGUGACUAGUGCGAGGGGUGCAGGGGUGCAUGCAUCGGCAGGGGGUGGGGCUGUGGAUGCAUCGGCAAAUGUCAGCAUCCAUCCCAUGAGUCCCUGCUCUAACGUCUCCCGCCCUUCAAUGAUCCCGUUACCCCCUGCUCACACUCCUGGGCCCUUCACCCACCCCAUUUCCCUCCGCGCACUCCCCUACUCCCAUCAAUCACCCCAUUUCCCCCUGCUCACACUCUACCCCCCUUCCAAAUUCCCAUUCCCCCACUGCACACUCUCUUUCCGCCUUGAACCAUCCCAUUUCCCCCCUGCUCACACUCUUCCCCCUUCACUCACCCUAUUUCCCCCCCGCGCACCCCUUUCCCCCUUCAAACAACCCAUCUCCUCCCUCCUCACGCUCAAUGGCCUUUACUCACCUUAUUUCCCGCCUCUGCGCCCUCUUUCCCCCUUCACUCACCCCUUUUCCCCCCUGCUCACUCUCUUUUCCCCUUCACUCACCCCAUUCCCCCUUGCUCACUCCCUUUCCCCCUUCAAACAUCCCAUUUCCUCCCUGCUCGCUCACUUUUUCUCCUUCACUCACCCCAUUUCCCCCCCGCUCACGUCCUUUCUCCCUCCAAUCAUCCCAUUUCCGCCCUGCUCACUCUCUUCCUGUGUCACUCACCCCGUUUCCUCCUUGCUCACUCUCUUUCCCCCUUCACUCACCCCAUUCCCCCCUGCUCAUUCUCUUCCCCCCUUCACUCACCCCAUUUCCCCCCUCUGCACUCUUUUUCCCUUCACUCACCCCAGUUCCCCCCUCUGCACUCGCUUUUCCCCUUCACUUACCCCAUUUCCCCCCUGCUCACCCCCUUUUCCCCUUCAAUUAUCCCAUUUCCUCCCUGCUCACUUUCUUUCCCCCUCCACUCAACCAAUCUUCCCCCCUCUGCACUAUCUUUCACCUACUUUCCUGAUCGAGCAGGGGCCGCUGCUGACUGUCGUGAGCAAGGAGGGCUAA